AUGACUACUACAUUCACCCACCGCUUCGUUGACGAGCCCAUUUUCACAGUUUCCACCUCGCACUCGACACCCUCGGAACAGACAAAGGCCAUGGUGGUUGGCGCCAGGAUGGUUUCAGUCGCGUUGCGCCCAGGCCCCCAGUUGCGUCUAAACAUCCGUCUUCCGACUGCCAAGGGCCAGUGGAGAGCAGGGGGGCUGUCAACCCUUUUUGGUUGGCAGGGCAUCCCCAUCAUCUCCUUGUGGCUGGGCAGUGCACAACAAAGAACCGCAAGCGCAAUCAUGCGCAUAGUCAAGAGCGUGGCUGCCUCGCUCACCGUCGCCCUGGCAGCCACCCUCGCAGCAGCCUCGUCGAGUCGCCGUGAUCCCCUAAGUCACAUUGCGCUUGCCAAGAAUGCAGACAUCUUGACGCCCACACACCAUGUCACCGCCCUAUCCUCCUUUGACCUUGCCUUCGAUGUCUCUGGUCAGCGCAUUCGUCUCACUCUCGAGCCCAACCACGACAUCUUUGUCAACGGCGGAAGCAUCACCCAUCUGAACCGAGACGGGUCCAUCGCUCGCCAGGAGCCCAUUGACCGGCUGCAACACAAAAUCUACAAGGGCACCGCCUGGAUCAAGAGGGCCAAUCGCUGGGACAAUGUUGGCUGGGCGCGCAUUUCCAUACAACGCGACGGGCUAGAACCGCUGUUUGAGGGCCAUUUCACGAUCCACCACGACCACCACCACGUCAAAUUGUCGUCGAGUUACAGGGCCACGCGCCUGCCAGAGGACCCAGAUGUCGAGUGGAGGGAGGAUGAGUACAUGGUCGUCUUCAGGGACUCGGACACACUUCGGCCGGACGAGCACUCGGAGCUGAGAAAGAGAGAGACGGCACCCGGCUGUCUGGCCGACGAGCUCAACUUCAACACGCACGAGGACCACCCCGUGUAUGCCGGGAUGCGCGCACGGAGCGAGGAGAGCAUCGGCUUCACACCCAUCUCGAACCUUUUUGGAAAGCGACAACUCGAUACCCAACCGGGAGGAAACGGUGCUGGUGUGAACUUGGUGUCGUCUAUUGGUAGCACACGCGGAUGCCCAACGACCCGUCGAGUUGCGCUCGUAGGUGUGGCCGCGGAUUGCAACUAUGUCCAAUCCUUCAACGGCGACAGGAACCAGACGCAGACCAAUAUCAUCGCCGUCAUGAACCAAGCCUCUGAGCUGUUCGAAAGCACCUUCAACAUCUCUCUUGGCGUCGCCAAUCUCAUCAUCACCGAACCCGACUGCCCGACUCAGCCACAGCAAGCCACACCGUGGAACCAGGGCUGCAGCGACCAAAUCAGCAUCCAAGACCGUCUGAACCAAUUCUCCACCUGGAGAGGUCAGCAAAAGGACCAAUUCUCCCACUGGACCCUCCUCUCCACCUGCAACACCGGAUCCGCCGUCGGUCUCGCCUGGCUCGGCCAAGCCUGUACAUCUGGCUCCCAAGGCAACACGGGCAAUAGCGCAGAGACCGUGGCGGGUGCCAAUGUCGUCGUCCGAACAAACAAUGAAUGGCAAGUCAUUGCUCACGAAACAGGCCACACCUACGGCGCUGUCCACGACUGCACGUCUGACCAAUGCGCCAACUCGAACCUGGUCAAUGCCCAGCAAUGCUGUCCCUUGAGUUCCUCGAGAUGCGAUGCAAACGAAGGCUUCAUCAUGAAUCCCUCGACGGCCAACGGCAUCACCCGCUUCUCCGCCUGCAGUAUCGGAAACAUAUGCUCCGCUCUCGGCCGCAACAGCGUCAAAUCAAACUGUCUAACCAACAACCGCGAUGUCACCACCGUCACCGGCCAACGCUGCGGGAAUGGCAUAGUAGAAGGCGACGAGCAAUGUGACUGUGGCGGCGAACAGCAAUGCGGUAACAACCCGUGCUGCGACCCCACAACCUGCCGCUUCCGCAACAACGCCGUCUGCGACGACUCCAACGAAGACUGUUGCCGCAACUGCCAAUUCGCCGCGUCCACCACUGUCUGCCGGCCCAGCAGGGGCGAUUGUGAUCCCCAGGAGACGUGUACGGGAAAUACUCCAUACUGCCCCGAAGACAAGACUGCGGACGACGGCACAGAUUGUGGCAACGGUCUGCGCUGUGCCAGUGGCCAAUGUACGAGCAGGGAUCAACAAUGCAAGACCAUCAUGGGCAGUUAUACCCAAGGCAACGACACGUAUGCUUGUGACAACAGCAACUGCAUGCUCAGCUGUGCAAGUCCCGAAUUUGGCCGAGGCGUCUGUUAUGGGCUCCAGCAAAACUUCCUCGACGGAACAACCUGUUCUGGUGGAGGUACUUGCGAAAAUGGCCAAUGCAGAGGCGGCUCCGUAGGCGGCGAAAUAAAAUCCUGGAUCGACGAACACCUCAACCUCGUCAUCGGCCUCGCCGCCGGUCUCGGCGGCCUCCUCGUCCUCUGCAUCCUAGGCUGCUGCUGGCGCUCUUACCGCCGCCGCUCCAAACUUCGCAAAUACGCGGCCACGGCUGCCUCGUUGCCGCCACCCUUUCCCCCCUCGUCCCAUCGUGGGCGCGGCCACAGAGGUAGGCCGGGCGGCAGCGCGGGCUCCCCGCUCAUUCAUGGCGCCGGCGGCUUUUCCAUGCAGCAGACGCCUCAGCAUGCGCCGGGCUAUGGGGCGCCGCCGGGCUCGUGGACGCCGAAUGGGAAUGUGGGGGCUGGGGUGCCGCAGCCGCCGCCUAUGUAUCAUAGAGGGAGUGUGCGAUAUGCAUAG